AUUUCUAGUUUACGAAAAUUGCGUUUAAUUUAGUUUUUUACGUUAUUUUUAUCCUUUUUUAGUGUUAUGUGUUUGAGAGUGCAAUUAUUUUAAAUUAACAACUAUACCUUUGUCGUGAAUUUUAAUUUUCUAUAAGUGCUCGUAUUUGACGCACCAAGGACCUUUGAAUUUGAUUGAUGUUCACAAUGAGAAGUAAAGAAAAUGUUUUGAGGAGGUAGCACGAACAUAAUAAUAACGCCCACUCUUGAUUUUUCAACGCUCUGUGGCGUAUUAUUAUAACCAACUAAGAGGAAUGAUGCGGUAAAGGAUUUGGAUGUGUAGUGCGUAUAUGUUGAACAAUGAGUGAUUCUCCCGGGGUAGAGUGGCUGCCGGCUUACAGCCCGGGACCACCGCGACAUAGCCCACUCGGGCCCAUUCCCCGCUUUCUGUACGAAGAUGUGCAACCUUUAUGUCUACAACAGGAAAACAAUAACAAGGAAAUUGAGGAAAAGCUAAAUGCUAAUAAAAUAAAACAUCCUAAGCCAGCUUACAGUUAUGCAAGCAUGAUCAGACUAGCAAUUAGCAGCUCUCCAAAUGGCAAGAUGACCCUUAAUGAAAUAUACAAUUAUAUUUGCAAUGCAUUUCCAUAUUACAAAGAAGCUGGAAAAGGAUGGAUGAACUCAAUAAGGCACAACCUCUCAUUAAACAAAUGCUUCAUGAAAGUAGCUCGAAGCAAAGAUGAUCCUGGCAAAGGUUCCUACUGGGCAAUGGAUAGCAGUUAUAAAAUGGCUGAAGUUACACCACGACGCCGACGUAGCCUGCGGAUGGCCCCAUACAGCCCUGAAUGCAGUUCCAAUAGCAGUGGCGAUGCAUGCGUGUCAGGAGGUGUGGCCACUGUCCCUACGCCUCCUGCUACACCAACCACCCCCACUGCACCUGCCACACCCACUACUCCAACUUCUGCAUCGCCUGGAGCAUUUAAAGAAGAGAUAAUAAUCAAGGAGGACUAUGACUCUAAACACACUGAUGACGCUCUAUCUGCACUCAUGAAUGAAGAACUAAUUGCUGAUGGUGAUUUAAGUCGAGAGCAAUGGCGAUGGACGGGCGUGCGUCGUCACGUGUGUGUAUUACGUCACGCGCAGCUAACGGACGACUACGGGAACUUCCGAGACGAGCGCGCUGACGACUGCGAUUGUCCCGUCGAUGACGCUCUGGCUUCGCCCGUCGAACCUGCCCCCCUUUCCCCUGGCCCUCUGUCGCUGCUGUCUCCCCCACAAGAGGGCCCCACUCUCCCCUCGUGGCACAUUCCUUCUUUAUAACGUCCUCCAUCCGACCUUAUAUUAAGGUAAGGAAGUUUAACAAGAGGUUGGAGCCAUGGACUCGGACAAUCACAGUUGAUGGGAAAUUGUAUUUUUGUAUACUGAUUUCGGUUACGGUGAUUGUCUGAUUUAUUAUCCUUUUGGAACCCGAGCACUAAUUCUUACCAUAAAUACAAACUAAUUGUAGUGUUCGACAUAAUAACAGGAGUUGACUCCGCCUUGGCAACAUUUAACGAACAAACUAUUUAACGAUAACCUGUACAAAAUACAUGAAAUGGUUAAAAGCUCGUACCUGAGGUUGGGUUGGCUAAACUAUAGUGUUCAUUGUGACAUAUACCAAGUUUAUACCAAUUUAUUACAACAAAACAUUUUAUAUGAGAUUUACUUUAUAUGUGAAAACAUUCUCAUUUAGUUCACUUCAUUUGAGUGAAGAAUUUUUGAUGUAUAAGUUAGAUUUAAAUUCAGCUUUUCUGACGUUAGAUGUCAUGAAGCCAGAUUAAAAUAUUUCAAUAAUUUACCAGAUCACGACCAGAUCUCAGAAUGACCAGUAUAUUUUAAUUCUUCUAGUUCAUUUCAUAUUUAGUUGUAUGCAUAUAUGAAUUAGUUGUACGAAUUUAUAGUUUUAACGCUGAAAUACGUAAACGCUUCAUAGUAAUCGUUUCUUGCUUUACAUAACAUUUCCACAGUGAUAAAUCUAACAGAAGGGCAUUAAUUUAUACAUUAAAAUAAUCACUGUGGUUUGAAUUCUGUGCCAUACGAGCGUUCGCUUCGCAGCGGACUGAAUCCCAUAUCUUAUUGAAUGUGUUCACGUUUACACGUAUCUUGUAUAGAUAUAUAGAUAUCUAGGUAGCGUAGACUAGGUGUAAUGUAUAUAAGAUGUAUAUGUACGGCGGAUGGACGUAGACGUGUUGCGAGACUAGUUUUAUCUUUUUCAGAUCAAUUUACAAACGUAUUUUCUCAACCGAUAUUUUUAACGUAUACAGAUACAAUUUUUACAAAAGCAACGCAGCUGUGGCCUUUCGCCGAUACUUGAGUUGUCGGAACCAUAGACAUAAAGUAGAUUAAGGAUUUGUAUGUUUUUGAGACAUAAUAAUUAGACUAAACGUCCAAACGAUUGAGGUUUUAUUAGAGAUGCGGGAUCAUAUUUUCGUUUAUAUAAUAUUAACGCGACCUACUAAAUUAUAUAUUAGAUAUGUAACGGGCAACAUUCCUCGAGGUUUGUGUCAAAGUAAUGAUUGUACGUAACAUAAGAUAAUUCGAUAUAAAUAAUAUUCAGUAUUCUCUAAGUAUUGUUAAGUUGGUCGUUCUGUUCGAUCGCGAGGGACGAGUUGCCAUCAUUUAUUGUUUCAUAUUUUAUUCUGUGAUAAUUUUAUUUUCUAAAAGAUGUACGGUUCGUAAAUAUGCCUAUAACAAAUAUUCAUUUAUUUAAAAAUAAUAUUUUUAUUGACAAACAGGAAUAUUUUGUGUGUUUUUCAUAUUAAAUGAUCGUUUUAUAUUGUGAAAGGAUUUCGUACUUGUCCGUCACCGACCGGGUUCAGACUCCGCCUAUAGAUGAUAUUAACGGCAAUUUAUGAAAUUAUUUUAUUUGUAUGCUCGUACGUUAGCAAUUUACUUUAUACUUAAGAGUAGAAUGUUCUACCUCUAUACAAAUAAUAGUUGAUGUACAUUAAAACUUUUAACAAA